AGAAAUAUUCGUUUUGUUGCUGUAAACAUUCUUUUGUUUUACAAAAAUGAUGUGUUUUUAGUUUGGUAUUUAACAUUUCGAGCAUGGACAAUUACGAGAGAAAACAGAUUAGAAUAACUGAUCUAAAUUUAGAUUGCCUUCUCCGCAUCUUGGAGUAUUGCAGCGAACAGGAUUUGUUAAAUCUUUGUCGUGUCCAUCGAACUCUACGCAAUGUGAUUGAGCAGAACAUUUUCUAUGUGAAAACCUUGGAUUCACUUAUGUGCGGUCAUCGAAAUUGCCCGAGGAUAUCACGAAGGACCUACAAUUCAAUUUCCUACGGCACACGCCUGAACAUAGCACGCAAUUGGUUACAAGGUCGAUAUCGCGAGUACGAGUACUAUCAUCACGCGCAAAUGUUUCCCACCAAACUGCUGUUGGAACGUAAUAUACUAUAUGUGACAUAUAUGGAUUAUGUGCGUGUAUAUGGACGGUCCAAUAUUGAACCGUUACAAAGGAGAUGCCAACAAGAAAUCUGCACAAGUUCACGAGGUGACAUUUCAAGCUUCACAAAAAAGCGUGACACAAUAUUUGCUGGACGCGUUACGGGAAAUUGUUAUAUUUGGGAGGAUGGUUAUGGAAAUGAGCAGCAACUGCAUAGCGCCAAGGAGUAUUUGCAUUGCGUAGAUUUUGAGGAUGAUUUGUAUGUAACCAGUACGAAUGUGUGCGCGAAGUUAUGGCGGCGCACUAACGAGUUAGGAUUAGUGUACUUAGAACAAGUGGGGGACUUGCCACAAGAAUACAAAGUUUUAAAGCUAUCCGAUGGCGGCGAACGGUUAUUUGGCGGGCUAUACACCGAUGUAGAUAGUCACGCACUGCGUGAAUACGAUGUAGAAACCGGAAAAGAAACUGUACUUAAUUCCAGAACACUCUCUAUAUACGAUUUACUUAUUAAGGAUGAACACGUAUUAUUCACAGGAAAUUUUGAUACCACCUGCCGCAUGUAUGAUCGACGUUCGCAUCGUGAUGAAGCCGUGUUUGAAGAUCCUUUCGAUUCAUCAUUUUAUUGCAUUGAAUAUGAUGGCUUGUAUGCACUUCUGUGCGGCACAAAAUACCAUAGUCGUGUGAAUUUAUAUGACAUACGCAUGCCAAACAAAUAUCAACAAUUAUACUUUCCACGUCGCAGUAGAAGAUCGAAAAAUCAAAGUUCUCCCGUAUAUAGUUUAGCCUGUGAUAAUCGUUAUCUUUUCGUUGCAACGGAUCACAAUUUACGAGUCUUCGAUUUCAAAUAUAAUUGUGAAGAAUGUCGAGACUAUCGCGAUAUAUUCAGUGACAAGCGCCGUAUGACCGCACUUAAAUUUUAGAAAAGAGCUAAUUAACCCAUGAGUAACAUCCUUAUUUUUCUUUCUACUCAACUAACAGUUUGGGGUUAGGGAUAUAAAAAAGUAUACCUUAAAGUAAUAAAAUAAAAGUUGUUUGUUUAUAAGUUAUGUUAUGUUAUGUUAGAGUAGUGUACUGGGUAUAUUCUCUUUCCACAAGAUGCCGCUAUCAUUCCUAGAAAAAAACAAAAUGUUGGUUCUUAUGCGCCUGCGGUAAAAAAUUUACCCAGGAUGUUACUUAAGGGUUAACGGAAUAUUAAUGGAGAACAGAAGUAUUUUACGCAAGUCAUAUUAACAAAGUAAAAAUUACUGCCUAGAAAUAUCUGCUGUCACGUUUUAUACAGUUAAUAGAAAGGACGAGUUAGGAGGAUGCGAAGAGCUUGACAUUUCUUUGAGGUUAUGUAAGAAUUAAAACUUGCACCAAAUUUAAAUGAUUUUAAAAAUUGUAGGAUUUACUAUUAAUCGCUUUUAAAUUAAUUGCAGAAACCUUUUUGACAGGUGCACUUACGUAUGGAAAGUAAUCUAAGCUAAAUCAAGCAGAGGAAUAUAUUUUCAAUGUCUUGCCUUCGUGGAUGAUAAGUGAUAAGUGGUUCACUAGACAGGGCUAGUUUACUGGGGCGCCAGCCCUUGGUCGGGAAAAACCCGAGUCAUUCCGGUAACGUAGAACCGGCUGCCAUGGGAAUGGUCUUGCCUUCGUAUUUUUGUCUUGCCUUCGUAUUAAAUAUCGGUUUAAAGUUGCUUAUAUUUUUAUUGCAAAAUUGCAUAUUUUAAACUAGAUGUACCUUAAAAGUAUUGUUUUAGAAACAAACAAAAAAGAAAUAAAUAAAUGCACUCCGUCGUUGGAUGGAUUAUUUCGUUGCCAUUUGCAGUUUAA